AUGAACUCAAAUACCCCCAGUAUUCAUCAUAAAGUGCUAUUGAAUGAAAUAGAUACCUCUGAAUCAACAAACAAUAGGAAAAGACGCGGUACAAGAACCGAUCCUGUUAUUGUUGAAGACAAUUCCGAAGAUAGCUCUUCUGAUUCGGAUGAAUUUGAAGACGUGGACCUAGACAUAUCGGAUGCCGAAGAAUUUGAAGACAUUGAUCUUACAGGUUCCAACAUAGUCCCAGAGAAGAAUGACACAUUAGUUAUACGAAUUAAAAAGGAUGAACAGACUAAGAAACGAAAGUAUGUGAUUAGUUUAGAGGAAAGACGAAAGCGUAUUUUGCUCCACAAAAUGUACUUAGUUAUGAUGGCGGUACACGGAAGUCUUCGUAACUCAUGGUGCAAUAAUAAGGGGUUACAGAAAUCACUAAAAUCGUCUUGCAUUACCAGUCAAAUUACGCAGUUACUUCAAAUGGAUGAUAAGGUUCUGGAUCAGGUUAAGUCUCGAAGGUUGCUAGAUGUGUUGAAAAAGAUCAUGACAAUAUAUCUGGCUAAAUUCAGAGUAACAUCACAGGGAAUAAUACGCAAGGAUUGGAAUGAACUUGAAAUACCACAAAAGUCAGAUAUUGUGGGUGGUAAGACAUUCAAGAAAUUAGUCAGCAAUCUACGUGGAAGCAGGGAUUUGGGAGCACAGGGAUUUGUCAUUCUUCUUCGGGGGUUAGGGUUGAAUGCGAGGUUAGUGAUGUCAAUGCAGCCUCCAGAUUUCACCAAAAUAACUAUAGAUAAGAAUCCAAAAAUUGAAACUAGCAAGAAAAGAAAACUACUGCCACUGGUGUUGAAGGAUUCAGAAUAUCCAGUUUUUUGGGUUGAAGUUUGGAACAAAUUUCUGCAUCAGUGGGUGAGUAUAGAUCCUAUAAUGAAAAAGAUCAUCGAGGUUUGUCCAAAGAGAAAGAGAUCAUCAUUCGAACCUCCUGUUUCUGAUGAACGAAACCAACUCACAUACGUGCUUGCUUUUGACAAGUAUGGCCAAGUGCGGGACGUGACCAGAAGAUAUAGCCACCAAUAUAAUGCCCGAACAAUUCGGAAAAGGAUUGAAUUUAGAUCAGUGGAAGAUAAAUUAUGGUAUCAGAAAAUUUUGAGCAUAUGUGAUCGGAAGAAUUCAAACAACACAGCGGAUGUUUAUGAACAGAAAGAAUUCCAUGAACGCGAUUUAGCAGAAGGGAUGCCCAAUAACAUACAAGCUUUUAGAAAUCACCCACUUUAUGCUCUAGAGUCACAACUUCGACAAGAUGAAAUUAUAUACCCCAAAGAUAGCUCAACACAAUGUGGUACCUUUCGCUCAAAGACAACUUCAAAAGCGAUACCAGUUUACAAGAGAACCAGUGUACAUCGUCUACGGUCCGCCAAAGCAUGGGCUAUGAGGGGAAGACAAUUGAAGAUUGGUGCUAUUCCAUUGAAACAGAAAGACGAAGAUGUGCGGUUGUAUGCAGAGUUUCAAACACAGUUGUAUUUAGCACCACCCGUGAAAGAUGGAAUUGUACCAAAAAAUCAGUACGGAAACAUCGAUGUGUAUAAAGAUACAAUGUUGCCUGAAUAUUCUGUGAUGAUUGAAAGUUCAGACAAAUGCUCAAUGAAAUUACUUCAACAAGCCGCAAGGUUGUUAGAUAUCGAUUAUGCUAGAGCAAUUGUUGCAUUUGAUUUUAAGGGAAGAAAACUGAAGAAUAAACCAACGGCAAAAGAAGGGGGGAUAGUCAUUGCCAGUGAAUUUGAGGAAGCAAUGAGGCUUGUGAUAGACCAUUUAUUAGAAGAGAAAGAAGAUGUCAAGCGUCAAUCUUCAGAAACAAACGCCUUGAAUAAUUGGAAGUACUUCUUGUUGAAGUUGAGAUUGGAAGAUCGUUUGAACAAAUCACACGGUGUAAUUGACGAUAAUGGAGAUAUCGCCAAUGACGUCAUAAAUGAUAACAUACCUGAUAGCGAGCUCAUACAGUCACAUGAUGAGGACAAUCUGUCCAUCGAUGGAGGCGGCUUUAUAGUUGAUGAUGAUGAUGAUGAAGGUAGUGCUGGUGGUACUAAGAUUGAAAGUCCAAGACAACGUUCAACAAGAAAUAACGAGCCUACUUAUUAUGAAAGUGGCGACCAAGAUAGUCUGUCAGACGCAGAAGUGGAAACUGAUCUGGAUAUCGAUUUUUAUUACGAAAGUGAAUAG